AGAAAAGACCGCCGCAGACCCAACGAACAUCAUCAUCGUCGUUGGCCGAAUUCCAAAAGGGAAGCGAGGCUGAGAUCCGUAGUUCUUCAUAGCGCAAUCCUUUCGGGCAUAAGAGUUUUGUAUAAUGUUAAGCUGACGUUCUGGUUCGACAUCUUCAAAAACAUUGACAAAAUACGAAAUGUCAGCUGCCCAGUUUUAGUCAUACAUGGAACAAAAGACGAGAUUGUGGAAUUAUCUCACGGCAAGCGACUUUGGGAGCUGGCAAAGGAGAAAUAUGAGCUAUUGUGGGUUCAAGGUGGGGGCCACUGUAAUCUCGAGACAUUCCCCGAGUACAUUAAGCACUUGAAGAAAUUCGUAAUUGCAAUGGAAAAGCUUUCAUUCUCCAAAAGACCCAAGGCUCGACCCUCUCAUGCGUCCAGCAUUACCGAAUUCAAACACAACAAAUGUUUAAGAUUUGGACAAAGAUAA